UGAAAGUAUAAACCCUAAAACCCCAAAACAGCAGAGGGCAAACGAAGAAGACAAUGGCGAAGUCGUUGAGGUCGAAGAGGGAGAAGAGGCUGAAGGCUAUUCGCAGGGAGAUCGUCGAGCCUUUCUACGAUAAGAAAGAAGCCGCUAAGCUCGCCGCCCAAGAGGCUGCCCUCGCCGCUCCUAAGCUUCCUGUUCGACAACCACCCAACACCGCCAUGGACGCUUCCACCUCCACCACAGCGGUCACUGCCAAUAUGGAUGUGGAGAUGGGUGAUGGGGACCAAAGCUUGGCUUCCCUUAAGCCUGUUGGUGGAAUUGGGAAGAAAUCUAAAAGGAAAUUCAAGGUUGGUAAAGGCAGGCACGGUGGUAAAGGCAAGCGCGGCGGCGGUAAAGGCAAGCUUAGGAGGAAGCACAUAUAACUCCAAUUGAUAAUGGAAGCAUGGAAUGGAUUGCUUUUUGUUUCCAGUUUGAGAUCUUGCCUUUAUAUUACAUCAGCUCUGUAUUUCGAGAAUUUGGAUCUUGACAGUAAUACUUUUUUUAGUAGUUUGAGCUAUGAUAAAAGAGUACCUAAUGUUUUAAUGCUCAUCCCUGCCAGUUGUUGCCUUCUCAAUUUCCAACACAUUAGGCUUCUGGCAUCAUAUAUAACGAACUUUCUUCUUAAAAGACCAAUGCCUAGUUGCCGUGUAAUGUUCUGAACUUGAAAUAAUAGGGUAUUAAAUGUCUGCUACAUUCUUAGUUGAAAGUAACAGACUGCUUCGAUAUUGUAAGAUUGCUUUUAUUUCAUGAAUAGAAUUGCUUACUUAAAGCCUA